AUGAAGUUCACUGUCAUCCUUUUAGCCUUGGUGGGCUUCACCGCUGCUGCUGAACCUGCAGUCAAACCGGUGAAGAUCUCUCUUUACUACGAAAGCCUCUGUCCGGACAGUCGCGCCUUUGUGCUCACCCAGCUGGCGCCCACCUACGAGAAGCUGGCCGCCCACCUCACCCUCGACCUGGUGCCCUUUGGCAAUGUCAAUGUAACUCACGCCAGCAAUUCAUCCACGCCCCGUUUUGCCUGUCAGCACGGCCCAGCCGAGUGCUAUGGGAAUAUCGCCGAGGCGUGUGUCAUUGCCCACCAGCCACCGGCGGCGGCUCUGAGUUUUGUCCAGUGCAUGUUCCUCGGCGUUCACCGGGCCGUGGACAGUUGGAAAGAUACGCACUUUAACGCAGAGGCCUGCGCUAACCUGCUCUUCUCCAACUGGGGCUCCACCGACCUGAAGAAGUGCAUCGACGGGCCUGAGGGCGAAAAGCUGAUUGAGGCCAACUGGAAGAAGACGGAAGCCCUCAAGCCAAAACACACUGGCGUCCCCUGGAUUCUGGUCAACGAGGCGGUGCACACGCCGGAGAUGCAGCGACAGGCACAGUUCUCUCUCAAGGACUACCUCUGCAAAGAACACUUUAGCAAGGCGAACCUUUUGGAAUGUAUGGCGUAG